AUGGCCAUUACUAAUUACAGUGUUGAGGACAUGCAUUUUCCCAAGUCGUUUGACCUCUUGCCAUGCCCUAACGUGAUCGGUAAAAUGAAAUUGCUUCUGGCCAAAAUUAAACUCUUGUAUAAAAGCAAACUGAAAAAACAGCCUCAAGAGCUGUUUGACAGGAAGACAAUGGAGGCACAGGCGCUCCCCGAGUACACAGAAGUCCGAAAAAUUAUAAAAAAAGUUGAGACGGACGUGCCGGAAUUCUUAAGUAGACUAGAAUCGAGCGUGGUCGCGGACGGCGAGAUCAACGUCGCCCCGGUAAAAGGGUCGCCGAUUCAAAAAAUGGUCAGCAGUUGGUGGAGAAAAUCUACUUGCAGCCUGGCAGUUCUAGUGCUGUGGUUUUCGAAGCACCGAAGUGGGGUCAUAUCGAAUAUGUUGAUGAGCGAGUGGCUGGUAAGAAAACAGCAGGAAGAUAAAACGGUGGGGACCGUCGCCAAGCAUAAAACGGGCGAUAAGGAGCCGUCGCUGAUCGUGCUCAGCGCCGACCUGGCGGCCCUGUUGGAGAGGUACUAUCGCAUCCGUUUCCGUGUCCGUACCACACGAAAAGAAUUUUUCAUCACGAACACCUGUGGUAGGGUUGUGAAAAUUUACGACGACGUGAAUAAGAUUUAUAAGCUGCAGGACACGAAGAGUCAGUUGUCGGCUUGCGUGUUCCGGAGGAUGAUAGAGAGCGAGUCCCGGGGCCACGACAGUACCACAUGUGCCGGGGUGGCAAAAGCUCUUCAACACGACCCGGAGACCGCUCUCAGGUACUACCAGGUACCGGACACCAACGAGGCCAUACGGAGGCAGGCACAUAUAGACGUUGUCGACCACACGAAGUUGUUAAAAGACAUGGUGGCUGAAGAGUUAGACACGUUGUUCCCACUCGAACCGUACGCCAAUUUGAAUGACCUGGAUGCGAUACGGGAAAAGUUGGAAGAUUCGAACGCAAAAGCUAUGUAUCCAAAGGCCAAUAUUACGGAUGCGUACCUGAACCAAAUUCGGGAAAACUUUAAUAAACAAGUCGCCGGAGAGAGGGUCAACAUUCUUGUGGAAAUAUUGAUGGCUGACUACACCCGAGAUAACAUAUCAAAACAAGCCAUCAUAGAUGCGGCUAAACGUAAGAAGCUCCACUACUUUCUCAAACACGACGCGGAUAAAAUAUGCAGGAAAGUAAUGAACCGGUUCUGA